GUCAUUUCUGAUUGUUUUUGUUUCUUCUUUGUGGUUUGAUGUUGAACGCCGAAAAACAGUGAAGACAACAGUGGAAAAGCAUCGAGUGAAGUGAACUGAAACAACUGCACUUGUUUGUUUCCAAAGUGCCUUACUGACAGCAGCUGCCGUAGAACGUGGCUGGGCCCCACAUCUCAACCUCUUUUGCAGUCGAUUCCCUGCGGUUGCGCUUGUCGGCUAUCAAUUCUACUUAAGCACAUCGCAAACAAACUCUUGAAUUCCUCUUGCCUGCGAAACCGUCUCGACAUGAAGAGGCACAUGCUAGCUGUUCAGGUGGCCUUCCUCUUGACUGUUGGAUGGAUCCAGCAGUCGACCGGGUACGGAAGAGGAGCACCCGACACCACCUGCUCCACCAUGCUGCCCAGACACGGUCCCAAUCCUCAGACGUCUCCUUCUCCCUACUCAACCACACCGCUACAGACUGGUGUGGAACCUGGAGGUGUGAUGACCGUCAGGCUUGCAGCCAUCAAUCCUGCAGAUAAUUUCAGGGGUUUCCUCAUUCACGCCAGCAAUGCGAGCAGCCAGUCGUUCGUGGCACUAGGCAGCUUUGUCAACCCGCCAACCAACACCAAAUUAGUCACUUGCUCCCCGGGACUGCAGAAUUCUCUGACACACGGCGAUGGUCGGGGCAAAACUAGUUUGGACAUCACGUGGCAGGCGCCGCCCGAUUACCAAGGAGACGUUCAAUUUAGGGCCACCUUUGUCAAAGAUUAUAAUACGUUUUGGACGCAAGUACCUGCCGUUGCGUUGGUACGUGUCGGUCGCGCCAACGGUGUGGUAACGCCCGCCUAUCAGGCACCCACGACGUACAGCCGCGAUCAGGCUUCGUAUCCUUACGUGCCGCCCUCAACGUCGACGUCGACGGUGCCAACAACAACAACAACAACUACGACGUCAUCGACGACGACGACGACGACGACGACUCGAGGCGUCAGUACUUCCCCGAAUCCCAGCACUACGCAAUGGAGUUUUGCCAAACAGACUCCAGCGCCGACGGCGUCUGCACAGCUGCCGUCCGUCUACAUGGGUUGUGGUGAUGUCAAGGGUUGUUUCGGCCUGCAGGGAGGCACGUGCGUGCAGGACGGCUCCUGCUCAGCCAUGGUCACCUACGCCGUGAAAGGCCAGCGUUAUGAAUUCGAAUUGUGGGCCACCAGUACGCCGGCCAAUGCCUACGUGGCCGUUGCCUUCUCCGACGACAGCCUUAUGGGCGAGGAUAGCGUGUCUGAGUGCACGUUGGUCAAUGGCAAAGUCAACGCCUACAUGUCCUACAACGAAGGCAAAAGCAACACACGACUUCGAGACGCGACUGGUGGACUGAAAUUGAUCGAGGGAAAGUACAGCGACGGCAAUUUGUACUGCCGUUUCGAGCGUCAAGCGCUGUUGGUCGUUGCCGAUAAACAUUUUGACAUGGCCAAGGAAUACCACCUAUUUUUGGCACGUGGCCCGGCCUCGGACAAUGGCAUUUCGUAUCACGAUAGGCAAAGAUCGGUCUCGGCUCGUUCGGUCCGCCUUGCCGAAACGGGUUCAGUUGGCGCCAGUAAAGGUACAUUGGUCAAACUUCACGGAGCAUUUAUGGUGGCCGCUUGGAUGUUUGCUGCGUCAUGCGGAAUCUUGUUUGCUCGUUACUUCCGACUCACCUGGGUUGGCAAACAGCUCGGGGGCAAAGAUCUUUGGUUUGUGUUCCAUCGCAUCUUGAUGAUCAUCACGUGGCUGUUGACGGUCAUCGCUUUUAUUCUCAUUUUUAUCGAACUGGGAGGCUGGACGUCUCUCCCUGUGACGACGAAUCCCCAUGCCGUCAUCGGCGUCGUUACCACCGUCUUGGCUUUUAUUCAACCUUUCAUGGCCUAUUUCCGGCCACAUCCUGGCACGCCCAAACGUUUCAUUUUCAACUGGGCUCAUUGGCUAGUUGGCAAUUCGGCUCACAUACUCGGCAUUGUCUGCAUCUUUUUGGCCGUCGACUUGGACAAGGCCGCCAUUCCCUACUGGGUCAAUUGGCUCCUGGUUGCCUAUGUGGCCGUGCAUGCCGCCAGUCACCUUGUUUUAUCGUUGGCUCAGUGUUGUUAUCACGCCGAUGGAAGCAGGAAGCCAACGGCCGUCUUUGCGAUGCGCGAUCUGGCUCCUCACCAGAGCAAUCAAAACCAUUUCUACUCGACACAACAAGACAAGAAGGAAGAUGCUCACGGUUCCAUGUUCCGUCGGAUUAUGCUUGGAAUUUACAUUGUGAUGGUAGCCAGUUUUGCGGUUGCCGUCAUUGCUACAAUAGUCAAUGGUCCCUGGGCCAAGCAAUGAGCUGUCGUAAUAUUUUAUUUUUCAUUUUAAUCAUCCUUUUGAUUUACUGAGUGAUUGUUGUUUUUUUUUUUUACCUGUACGAUAAACAAACUGGUAACUGGUAGAAGGCAACCGAACUAUAUUUGUACCGUAUAUUGUAAAGUAAUCUUUUUGAAAAACUGAGUGCGAUCUCUUUUUUAAUGUCGUUUAAAAAUGGAAAGAAAAAAAAAAAAAAAAAAAAAAAAAGACAAAACCAAACUUUGUAUUGUUUGACGAAUUGUCGCAUAUGUCUAGUGUGAAUCCUUUAAACAAAACAAAUUGUCACUGGGCUGGGUUUCUUUCUACUAUUUUCACUAUCGUUUGAAUAAUUAUUGCUAUGUGUAUUAUGAAUAUUUCCUUUGUUCCUCGCUAUAUAUAUUCAACGCUAUAGUUGCACUUAUUAAACGUUAAGGUUUUUACUA